AUGCCUAACCUUCAACGUCUAACUAUCAAGAGUGUGUCUGGUCAAGCUAAAAUUGACCUAGAUCACAUUAUGAAUGAAGUGAAGCAACUGGCAUCGCUGGUUGUAGCAGAUUGUAUUAUUGGGCCUAUUGAAAACGACGCUGAAGACAGCAGCUUUGUAACAAAGUCAGAGAGCCUGGCAUUGAAGGACAUAGCUUUACCCAAUGCGCCCUGCUCAGAUGUGGAUCAAUACAAUAGACACAUGCCGUAUAUUGCAAGAAAAUGCUUUUUAUUGUGCAGUGUAACUAUCAAUGACAAGCUUCAAGACCCCAAUGGACUGUUCAAGGUGGAUUUUACUCAUUUCAAGCUGGCUUCUAUCGACAUCCGCACUUCAAAUAUGGAGUACUACAAAAUACUAGCCGAUCUAUCUCGCUGCGCUCGAUGUCAGCGUCGUCCUGUGGGCUCUUGCCAAAGACAUUUUAAAUCAGAUAUAAUAAAAUUUUGGUAUAUCAAGUAG